UUCUGUCCAAGGCCGAAUGAAUUCUUUCUCUCGGCCGUUGCGUGAGUUGCGUCGUUGGUGAGGGGGGAAGAGGGGAAGAGGCACCGCCGCCGAUAUGAUACGCCUGGCAUCGAGGCUACGCCCUGCGCGCCAUCGAGUGAACCCCGUUUUGUUUCCGUUGUUGCUACGAGGCUACCUCGCCGUGCGGAGUUCCGUUCAGUAUCAUCCUCAAUCUCGUUGAUUUCGUAUUACAGGAGAGCUCACUUAUCGCAAGUUACUUACCGCAAGUUGAACGUUCAGAAUGAGCACUCGAGUAUUCGUUGGUGGCUUAACGUACCGGGUGAGAGAGCGCGACCUUGAGAAGUUCUUCCGGAAAUAUGGUAGAAUCAAGGAGGUCGCUAUGAAGAAUGGAUUUGCCUUUGUGUAUGGUAGGGACAAGAGUCUAUGUCGGUGGGCUUCCAUACGGCACCAGGAAAGAGACCUUGAGAGAUUUUUCAGAGGCUACGGUCGGUUCCGUGAUGUUCUCAUCAAGAAUGGUUAUGGCUUUGUUGAAUUCGACGACUAUAGAGAUGCUGACGAUGCUGUGUACGAAUUAAACGGAAAAGAACUUUUAGGCGAAAGAAUUACUGUAGAGAGGGCCCGGGGGACACCUAGGGGUAGUGACCAGUGGCGCUAUGGUGACUCCCGUGGUGGUUAUGGGGACUCGAGGCGAUCUGCCCGAGACGAUAUGCGGCACGACAGAGAUAGUGUGAACAGAAACACGAGGACUGCAUCUAGCUACAAGCAAUCAUUGCCCAGAUAUGGCCCACCGACACGCACCGAAUAUCGUUUGACUGUGGAGAAUUUAUCAAGUCGUGUUAGCUGGCAGGAUUUGAAGGAUUACAUGAGACAAGCUGGAGAAGUGACAUAUGCUGAUGCUCAUAAACAACGUAGAAACGAAGGAGUUGUCGAAUUCGCGACAUACUCCGACUUGAAGAAUGCUAUUGAUAAGUUAGACGACACAGAAUUGAACGGCCGCAGGAUUAGACUCAUCGAAGAUAAGAGACGUGGUCGUCGUUCAAGAUCCUCUAGUUCGCGAUCGCAAGCCGUCGCAGUUCUCGUAGCCACAGCCGUCGUAGCACCCGUUCCAAGUCAAGAGCACAUUCGAAGUCCAAGUCCAAGUCUAAAUCCAAAUCCCCUGAGCGUAGUCGUUCACGCUCAAAAUCCAAAUCAAGAGACCGCUCAAAGUCGAAAUCUAAGUCAAAGUCCAAAUCCAGAUCUCGUUCUAGGUCCAAGGCUGAGAGGUCAAAGUCCAGGUCGCAGUCCAAAUCCAAAGCCAAGUCUCCCUCAAAGGAUAGGUCGAGCCGCGAGCGUUCCAGAGGUGACAGAUCCCGCUCCCGAUCAGGAAGCAAACAUAGCAAGAGCCGUAGUCGCUCUCGUUCGCCUAUGAAUGGUGACAAAUCGCCGGAGAGCAGCAAACAGAAAGCCGACUAAGCAGAGAGAUAAAAAAAUCAGCAAACUAUUAUUUGUUCUUUCUUUUCCUUCUUUUUUUGUUUUUUUCUCGAUCAUUUUUUAUAUUCAAUCAUAUUAAAAAGAUCACUAUUUCAUAUCUUCUAUUCAUUAAUCUUAAUGAGGUUUUAAACCUGUAUCGAUGCUCUCCUUUCAAUAUAAUUUGAACAUUUUAAAGAUAUAAUCGGAAUUUUUUUGUAAAAAAAACCAACAUUAUUGUUGAUUUGAGGUAAUUUUUGAUUUAAUUACUUAAAUCAUAGUUAGCCAUGGCUUUUGCCUUUCAUUUUUUUAUUACAUAGAUAUCAUUAGGUUUAGCGAUACACAUCAUCUGACCUAUACAAUUCGCGUAUUUAGAUAAGUAUUCUUUAUUCAUACCUCGAGACUACAAAUCUUUUCAUUGUAUCGCCGUAUAUGAUACGAGUUUCCUUAUAAUGGCUUUUUGUAUAUAUUCCUAAUGGUUACAUUACAAUAAGAAAGUAUGUGAUGUGUAUUAAAUUUAGAGGUAAGAGGUGUCUCAACUGUCAAUAAAAGUUCAUGUCGAUGCAAAUUAA